AUGAGUGGCCAUUUUCAUUGGGCGCAGGCGGUUUCAGUAUUGCGGUAUCGGCCUUCGCUUGUGAAGAGAGAUCGUGUCGAUGCCGGAGGUGGGCCGAUGAUAGAGAAGAGUGAGGCCAUGUUACGUGGAACUCAUGACUUGUUCCAAGUAGACAAGCAUCUCCCUUCCAUGGCAAACAGGGUAUCGGGCGUUCCGCAAGAUGUUGACCAGGAUAUCCAGGCGACAUAUCCGUAUAGGUCAUUUCUCAUUGCCAUUCGUCAACCAGACUCGAAAUCGAGCAGAAAGGCAAAAAGGGCUGGUUUAUAUUUCCCUGUUCAUGGAGCAGAGGACUUGACCCUGGCUAUCAGCGAGUCAAGAAUGACCCAGCUCACAUAG